UGUAUGUGUAUAAAUUAUGGGUAUUAUGCGCUGUUUCUUAUAUGGAGAACUUGCUGAGUUGCUGAUGCUCAAUCUCUGUUCUAAUUGGACUAAGAGGCCUGUGUUGAUUCUUCAGUUUAUUCAAGUUAGAAAUGUUAAUGGUCUUCUAUUUAUGCGUACUCUUCCUCACACAUCUAAGCUAUUCGUCAAUCCAGGCUUUGAGGUUGUUUCUUCAUUUACUAACAGGCUUUAUGCGGGAGGCAUUCGGACUGAUGAGCCAGUUCAGUUCCUUCGACCUCGUGUUCCUGAAGUUAAUAUGAGACAAGACAUGCUGAAUUUGCACCCAAAGAAAACUAUUUCUCAACUCAGUGAAUCUGAUGAGUUUUCACAGGAGGCUAUUUAUAUUGUCCAUGGCGGGAUUGUUGCUGCGCUGAAAAAUGAAGCAUGGACAUAUCCAUCUUGUAUAUGUCAUGGAGAAUUGAUUGUUCGGACUGGUGUGUAUGAGUGUGUCACCUGCCAGCGGUUUUUCUACACCAUGAUUCGCAGGUAUCGGGUAAAUGUUGAGGUCUUUGAUGGUCAUGAGAGUGUUGUAUUUGUGUUAAAUCACUCAGAGCGUGAGUUUGAUGCUUAUUAUCCAUCUGAAGUUGAAGAGAAAGUUGUUGGAAAGGAACUUUUGUUCAAGGUCUCCAAAAUAGUUGGCUUAACGUUGAAUGGACUUCCUUGCUAUCAGGUUCUCAGGAUCUGUUCUGAUCUUGAGAUCAUUUCUGCAUUUCACACUGAAGAAACAAUUGCCAAUCCAAUGGAGGUCAUAGGUAAUGAUGGAAACCAAUCUGAAGGUGGUGCUGGAGAUGGCGAAAGUAGCAAGACCACUGUUGUUUCGAAGCAAGUUAAAAGGAAAUUAAAUGGUGAGGUUCAUAAUGGCAACCAUGAUAAUCAGCUUAAGUUCAAUUCUGAUGAUUAUCAGGUGAGGAAGAAAACUGAAUUGACUAUUGAUUAUUCAGUAACAAUUGUUCGUCUUGGAGCUAUGAGUAUUGAUCAUGAGGAGUCUGAUGACGUUGCUGUGAAAGAUGAAGCACUUGAUCAUGAGGAGUCUGUUAAAGUUGCUGUGGAACAUGAUGAUAAGACUGAGGAUGUUGUUGAAGAACUCCAGAAGUUAAAGGUUGAUGAUGAUGAUGUAGUUCAUGACUGAGUGCUAUAUAGUAUAAGACUAUGCCUUUCUUUGUAUAAUGGGGCAGCUUAGUAUAUUCAGACUCUAUAUGAUUAUGUUAUGAGGCCAACUUUUGGUACUAUGGGCCGAUCCAUUAUGUUCAGUCUGACUUAUUUGUGGGUUUAAUAUGUUUAUUAUCCAGUUAGAAGAUGUGUGCUACAAGGAGAUUUAUUUUGUAAUAUGUUGUGAGCAACACUAUCCACAUGAAUCACUUCUACCUUAUCAAUAUAAUUUUAUGUUUGUAUA